AUGGGUCUGAGUCCCUUGACCAUAUGUGGAAUUUCCAGAAGAUUUUGGAAAUCUCCUCCUAAAGUCCCUUUCCUCAAUAAAUUUCCCAUGGCCGAUGCGUCAAAGAAUAAAAAUAAUAAGACUAAGGAAAACCAAUUGCCUAAAACACGGGUCACAACUGAAAUUCAAGAACUUGUGAUCAUCUGGGCAGUUGUUCUGCAAACCAGACAUCCCUCCGUUGCUGUCUUAGAAUCAGGAGGAGAGACAGCAGAGCAUCAUCUUGAAGGUCAGACCUUCAAGAACAUAUAUCUGAAGGCACAUGAUGAACAGCACCUAGUUAUUCAGCCUUCUCCUGCCCUCACUGUGAAAUCUCCACCAGGAAAUAACAACAGCUCUCAGCUAUUAAUUCAGGAGCAAUUUGAUGCCUCUCAAGAGCCAAGUGCAAGUUGGGAAGUGAGUUUCUUGCUAUUGACAUUUCAACACUUUAGAACCUCUUUAAUAAACAACCGUUUGUACCUGCUAUCUACCUCGGUUUGCUUUCUACCUCUCCCUGGCCAGUCCCACAGCACUGUCACCAGACACUUCAGUGGUAAUGAGAGCCCAACUCCUUGUACUACAAGCUCAUUACUAAACAAAAUGACUGAAGGGCCUUUGAACGUGCUGUUCUCUGUUGGAAUGUUCUUUACCCAAUAUAUGCCUGGCUCACUCCCUCACUUCCUUCAAGUCUCAGUUCAAAUGUGGUGUUAUCCAAUUUGUAAUAUCUUAACCAAUAAAGGGAAAAAAUAAA